AUGAUCUAUACCUCAUGUCUCAUCCACGAUGCAGACGAUGGAAUCCGACAGAGGAUCCACUCCUGGCUCAAGCCACCUGAUCCCACUACGAACUACAACACCGCUAUCAAAACACGACAGGUGGGAACUGGCGAAUGGUUUACCAAGGGACAGGAUUUUCAAGACUGGAUGAAGCUUCCAGGUUCAUUCCUGUGGAUUCAUGGUAUACCUGGCAACGGCAAAACCGUUAUUUGGCGAGGCUAUUCCGACGCUAAAUUCGUUGAACCAUUGCUGACGCAUCUAUCGCUUCACAACAGCUCUACAGCUAUCGAGACUCUUCAAGCUUCAGUCGAAUCCUCUGCCGCGUUGGCCUACUUCUACUUCACAUUCAACGACUCCGAGAAGGUACUCUAUCGAAAUAUGCUGCAUUCGCUUGUCUAUCAACUCUGCAAGCAAUGUCCUCAGCCGUUGAGAGACCUCUACAACCGGAAGGACAACGGCUCCAAAGAGCCAACGGUGGAGGAGCUGCUCUAUGUUUUGAAGAUCACUGCUAGUUCAUUCAGCCAGACUUACAUCGUUCUUGACGGCCUGGACGAGUGUGGUGGCUCAGAGAGAACAGAUGUACUCAAAUUCUUGACUGACAUACAGAGAUGGAAUCUGAAACCUCUUCAUGUCCUUGCUGCAAGUCGGCCUGAGCAGGAAAUCAAGGAAACCAUGGACACUUUGCGCGGCGCUUGUCACGUCGAUCUUCAUGACGCAAAGUCACAGACCAAUGACGAUAUCAAGGUGUACCUUGACAGUGUACUGCAGGACGACUGCCACCUGAAUAAAUGGGGACCUACGGAGAAGGCGCGAGUCAGAGACACUCUUGUCGAACGCGCAGAUGGGAUGUUUCAAUGGGUGCGCUGUCAAAUAGACAGCUUGCGACACUGCCAUACACCGAAAGAUCUCAGGAAUGCUCUAGGAUCACUGCCGAAGACGCUGGACGACACGUAUGAACGGAUACUGAGAACCAUUCCAGAUGAGGACCAGGAGAAGAUCCAUCGAAUCUUGGAAUUCCUCUGCUUCUCCGAACGUCCGAUGCUGCUUGGAGAACUCGCCGAGGUUGUCACUGUGGCUAUAGAUUCCGAUGGAAAGGCCCAUUAUGACUCUGAGAAUCGCAUGCGCGAUUCAUCGGACGUGCUCACAAUAUGCAGCAGUUUGGUCUCGCUUUCAUCCAGUUCAGAUGCCGCCGAUGUUCUAAAAUUUGAUGUUUGGCACCCUGAAUUUCUUCUCGAAACGGCCGCAUCGCGAAUUCUGCGACUGUCGCACUUCUCUGUAAAAGAAUAUCUCUCCUCUCAAAGGAUUCGAACAGGUCGAGCAUCGGGUUACAGUGUCGAUGCAGAGCUCGCCAGAAGGUCAAUUGCCAUGACAUGCCUCGUAUACCUGAUGCGAUUCAACACCAACAGACUAGACGAGAAAAGGAUAAAAGGAGAGAAAGAUGUUGCCCUAGCUCUAUAUGCAGCACGGCAUUGGAUAUCCCAUUUCCCGCAGCAGAGCUGCGACACUCCUCAGCCUCUACAAGAUUUGGCACAAGAGUUCUUCCAUAUCCCCCGGCGAGCGAAUUUUCUCAAUUGGAUCAGGAUGUAUGAUUUUGAUGGCUACUCGCAUGACGUGGAUUGGCAUCGUGAAGCCAACACCAUCCCUGAUCCUCUUUACUAUUCGUGCAUGGCAGGAUUUGUGGAUGUCUCAAGAUGGUUGGUCACCAGAGGCGCCGAUGUCAAUGCGCGAGGAGGUUAUUACGGAAACGCGCUGCAGGCGGCGUGUUACCAUGGUCACGAAUCCAUCGUGCGACUGCUGCUGGAUCGAGGUGCCGAAAUCAACGCGCAAGGAGGAGAGUACGGGAACGCGCUGCAGGUGGCGUGUUACGGUGGUGACGAAUCCAUCGUGCGAUUGCUGCUAGAUCGAGGUGCCGAGAUCAACGCACAAGGAGGACAGUAUGGGAAUGCGCUGCAGGCGGCGUGUUACAGUGGUCACGAAUCUAUCGUGCAACUGCUGCUGGAUCGAGGUGCCGAAAUCAACGCGCAAGGAGGAGAGUAUGGAAACGCACUGCAGGCAGCGGUGGCGUGUUACGGUGGUCACGAAUCCAUCGUGCGACUGCUGCUAGAUCGAGGUGCCGAGAUCAACGCGCAAGGAGGACAGUAUGGGAAUGCGCUGCAGGCGGCGUCUUACCGUGGUCACGAAUCCAUCGUGCAACUGCUGCUGGAUCGAGGUGCCGAAAUCAACGCGCAAGGAGGAGAGUAUGGGAACGCACUGCAGGCAGCGGUGGCGUGUUACGGUGGUCACGAAUCCAUCGUGCGACUGCUGCUAGAUCGAGGUGCCGAGAUCAACGCGCAAGGAGGAAGGCAUGGGAAUGCGCUGCAGGCAGCGGUGGCGUGUUACGGUGGUCACGAAUCCAUCGUGCGACUGCUGCUAGAUCGAGGUGCCGACAUGUACGCGCAAGGAGGCUACUAUGGGAACGUGCUGCAGGCAGCGUCUUACCGUGGUCACGAAUCUAUCGUGCGACUGCUGCUGGAUCGAGGUGCCGAAAUCAACGCACAAGGAGGCUACUAUGGGAACGCGCUGCAGGCGGCGUCUUCCUGCGGUCACGAAUCCAUCGUGCGACUGCUGCUGGGCGGAGGUGCCGACAUCAACGCGCAAGGAGGCUACUAUGGGAACGCGCUGCAGGCGGCGUGUUACCGUGGUCACGAAUCCAUCGUGCGACUGCUGCUGGAUCGAGGUGCCGAAAUCAACGCGCAAGGAGGACAGUAUGGGAACGCGCUGCAGGCAACGGUGGCGUGUUACGGUGGUCACGAAUCCAUCGUGCGACUGCUGCUAGAUCGAGGUGCCGAGAUCAACGCGCAAGGAGGAAGGCAUGGGAAUGCGCUGCAGGCAGCGGUGGCGUGUUACGGUGGUCACGAAUCCAUCGUGCGACUGCUGCUAGAUCGAGGUGCCGACAUCAACGCCCAUGGAGGAGCAUACCGGAGUGCGCUGCGGGCAGCAUUGGCCCCUCGUGGGUAUCCGCCACGGAAUCCUCACGUAGUGAUAAUCUUGUGGGAUGCCGGUGCGCGACUCUACACCAUGCCAUCCGAGGCGCAUUCGGAGGAGUACAUCGCUCGGCUGCCAAAAAUGGACCUGAUGAUGAUGGAUGAGCCUGCAAAAAUUCUGGAGACGCGCAGCAGCAAGCGACGAAGCUGGUCCUGAAUGAGGAAUUGAGAUCACUUCCGGAUCCGACGUUGUAUAUACAUGAGAGACGGAACCUUUGUACAGUGACAGCUACAGGCUAGGCUCGGGAGUACGUACUUUGUAACAGAAUGGAAUGCACCGGAACACGCAUACAAUCAC